UAGAAAAAGGUGUUGGAAUAGGGAAAGACUAUUUCACUGCCCGAACGGCGCAUCUGGUUUGGAUCGAAAAGGGCGACUACUGUACAGAAUUUGAUGGCUUCCUCUUCUUCUCCGCAGCAAGGUUUAGGUUUGUCCGAAGAAGAUUACGACUUAAUGUAUGGAUCGGAAUCGGGUUGGGUGGAAGCUAGAAGCUCAUGCGGUCACCUGGCAUCAUUGUCUGGCGAUCUUAGCCACAUUCCAACCCCUGAAACCCCCUGCCAGAGAUGCCAACACCCCACUGAGAACUGGGUGUGUCUGUCGUGUAAGCAAGUCUUGUGUAGCCGUUUUGUGAACAAGCACAUGCUCCAACACUUUCGGGACACAAAUCAUUGCAUCGCCCUCAGUUUUAGUGAUCUCUCCGUCUGGUGUUUCUCCUGUGACGCUUAUUUGGAUGCUCAACUAAUUCCCCAACUGCGUCCAGUUCAUCAACUCGCUUAUAUAUUGAAAUUCGGUGUGCCUCCUCCACUCCCAGCAACUCAAGCUUGAAUUUUCAUGGAGCAGUUUCCGCUAAUCCAUCGCCUGUUUGCUUAUAUUGUAGUUUUAGGCCCAAUCUAUGACUUUGGAUGUUUUUAUUUCUACUUUUGAACUAAAAGUCUAGUUUUUAGCGUAUUUGAACUACUAUCUCCUAAGAUACUUUAUUUGACAUCUGAUUUCACUGGAGAAUUCCAGAAGUUAUUUUUUGAUCGGGUUUGAUUCACUCGAAUUCAGGAAUUGUAAUUAAAUCUAAACAAUUGGAAAUUUUAACUUAAUCAAUCCCGUUGCUUCCUUUUGCU